UAUUCACCACCUCCCAGGGCUCCAUCAUGCAUUAACAGUUAACUUGGGAAGACAAAUGUCAUCACUCUGAACGUCCCCUCAUUCGUCCUUCUUGCCCCCAGCUUUUACUUGCUGAGCAUGGCAUCACAUGGUAUGGGACAUCCCUUGGGUCAGUUGGGGUCAGCUGUCCCAGCUGUGUCCCCUCUGAACUUCUUGUGCCCCUCCAGCCUGCUCGCUGGUGGGGUGGGUGGGUUGAGGAGCAGAAAAGCCCUUGACGGGGUGUAAGCCCUGCUCAGCAGUAACAAAAGCAUCCCUGCAUUAUCAUCAGCACUGUUUUCGGCACAAAUCCCAACCAUAGUUCCACAUUCGCUACAGUGAAGAAAAUCAACUUUAUGCCAGCCAAAACCAGCACACAGCUCUUCAUAAAAAAAUCACUUUGAAACCCUAAAAAGACAUGUGAAGUAUGCUUCCACAUCCUUUAAAAUGCUGGGUUAUAUACAGAUGUAUUAAUAAUAAUGAAGUAGAAGUUAGACAGGAUGGAGCUGUCUCCCAUAAGCUGUGGUCCUGACUUCUGUUGCUCACCACGGCAACUGGUCUGGGAGAAGUGAGCAGGGGAAAAUUACCUGUCAUGACAAAUUGUUCUUUAUGAAAGCUGAAUGUAGGUUCCUGCUGCCGUCUGGCUGGGCAGCUCUCAAUCUGCUGCAACGCUGUGCUUUGGCCACAGCUCCAUCAGGAGGAUUUAGGCUCUGUGCCCGUUGUGGCCAAGCCCUGGUGCGUGGUGGUUUAUCUCCGUCUGGGGCCAUGACUCAGAGCUGUGCAGUGCUCGGGAAGGGAGCUCUGGCCAAGUCCUGCUGCCUUCAGCAAGGCCGGGCGUGCUGCCGUGCUCCCCCCGAGAGCGGGCAGCCACGCCAGGGCGCAUGUGCCUCGCUGCCUUUAAUAGCGACGGGUGCAGCAUGUUUUCAAAGUCACUUAAGUGCUUGUUUUCUUUGCUACUUUUAGUAACUUGUAAAAUGCUUACAGCCAAUUAUUUGAACAAACAAUGUCAUGGAGCUUAAUCUCAGUCUUGGCAGUGAUGCGGACUGGACACAAACAUCCCAUAAAAGAAAUGCUCUGGAAAAAUGUUCUGCGUGCCGGAGGUGGAAAGGGCAUCCCUCUUCCCUCCAGACUGCCUCUGCCACACUAUAGACACUGAACUGCCUCAAAAACUGACUUAUUCCAGCAUGGAGGGUCCAUUGAAUGGACCAAGCUCUCUGACACUAUACUCUGAGGGGUCCUGGCUGGGUGGCCCUUGUGUUCACUGCUGUGAAGUGAAAAGCAGGGCUUUCCCCAAGCCUGUUCAGUGUUUCCAUGUGACGUCGUGGCUCCAGGAGGGAAAGUGAAACACUGACCAAGGUCUACCCUUUAAAAAAAGUUAGUAGUUCUCCCUCCUGGCCAAAACUGGAUUUGCAGACACCCACUGUCAGGACAGAUUGUGCUUCAGAGGUACAUGAGGCAGUGUUCAGAGCCAGCAUGCCAAGGCAAGGACCAUGGAUGCUGAGUGUGAGCAGGACUCAAGGAUUUGCUGCCUCAGCCAUCAAUUUUCAACUGGUCAGUGCUUACCGGUGCUUUCCUCCCUAAGGCCCCAAAAAGGAUGCAAGAAAGCAGCCGUCUCUGCAGCAGUGCUCUGAGGCUGGGGAAGGACAAGGUAGAUACUCCAAUCUUACUUGCAAGACUGAGCAAUUAAUCCCCACAUAAACCCUUAAACAAAUGAAUGCAGGGAGGAGGAUCGCAUCCAAAAGUUUACGGAGUUCUGGGAGAACCCAGCUGCAGGCAGGAUGGUUUCGGUGCGCGUGUGCAAAGGAACUAUCGUUCAGCACGAUGCCCUACCUGGCAUGAUGGAAAUCAUUGCUCCACGGCGUGUGUGGGUGCUGGAUCCCCAGCUCUUGCCACCAGCCCUGGGACCAGGGAGUCAGGCCAUCCUGCUGGAAAUCAGCACCAAAUUGGUCAGAACUCUACCGACCUAGGUUGGGUUAUGCAACCUGGGGAGCACAUGGAUGAGAGAUCUUUUUCCCCUCUUGCUUUCUCCAAAAGGAAAAAAUCAAGCCCAUGAAUACAGCCUGCAGCUGGAUCUCACGUUGCAUUGAGGAUUUGGCAGGCUGGCAGGGCUUAACCUCAAGAGCUGGCUCUGACAGUCUGCUGGCGCAGUGGGAUAUGCUGUCUGUUUGGAAUAUUCCAUCCCUAACAGCAGUACAUCCCUACAAAAUCCAAGACCUAGGACCGAGGAGUGCAUGAGCCCAUUCUUUUAAUUUGCACAGUUGCUAUUUGAAUUGUGGGUGGGUGGUUUUGUGAUGGCAUUUUUUUGUUUUGUUUGGGUUCGGGUCAGUUUUUUUUUAAACUCUUCUAGUGACCUUUUUAGGUGCAUGGACUCAAGGACAGAAAGGUAAACCUGAGUGAAUAUGCAGCAAAAUUUCUUUCUUCUCUUGAGAAGUGAUUUUUGUUUUUCUUGUUAUAAACAUCAUGUAUGAAAUUCUCCCCCAAAUAUAUGCCCCAGGAGGCAUUAACUCCUCACCAUUUAACAUCAAACAGGUCUUCUUGUGGUGAAAACUCCCAGCUUUUGCACUUUUGCAGCCAGACAAACGGUAAAAAGUCUAAAGACUGUCGCUGUGCUGAGCCGUGUGCUGGGCUCUGAUGCAGGAGAUUCAUGUGCUGUAUUUACCAGCCUGGUUGUGGAAGCUGGAUGAACAUGUCCUGCAAGCUCAGGGAGCAUUAGCGCAGCUGCAGCACUACGUGGCACAACGUUGGCUUGUGCAUGGACAGCUUGGGCGUCUGCAUCGGGUGUACUUUCUAUUUCACAGCCAUUCAUGUGCAGGUGAUGCUCAAAAACAGUGGGAGGAAGAAAGAAAUAGUGGGGGAAAUAGAAGAGGGAUGGGGUUUGUACAUUGGCUAAAUGGAGCGUUGGAGUGACAACUUGGGAUCAGAUAAGGAGUUGGAUGCGCUGGCGGGGGGAAGAAUGGGAGCAGGAUUUGGCAAAAGGCAACCCAAAGUAUGACCCCCAUCGCACCAGGUGUAUCAGGCCCAUCUCUUGUCUACUAAAAGGUAAGAACCCAGCACAAAAUUUCAGUUUUGGAGGUAGAACAGAAUAGACACAGUCAGUAUCUGUGAGGAUCAAAAGUGCAUCUGGAAAGGAAAACUUUAUAUUUAAAUCUAAAUAAUUAGUGUUUGUUAUCUUUGCAAAAUAAACACUGUCAUGCCUUUGACUUUUUCCCCUGCUUACAAAGAAUGCUGGAUGUUUGAUGAAGGAUGGAGCAAGAUCUUUCACUGAUCAUUUGUGUGCAGAGGAACUAGCCGCAAGAAUUCCUGGCUCAGGGUGUCCUGUCGCAUGCCACUAGUGAAAAAUUUAAUGAAUAUGGGUCAGAGUGAAUGCUGACGUCUCAGGGUCACGCACCUGAGAGCCAGCAGUCCUCUGGAGCUGAAGCAGAGUAUGUACAGCCAGGGGGCUGGUGGCAAAAGGUGUGUUUCUUCUCCUUUGCAGCCAGACACGUGACCUCUUGCACUUGCACAUCCCACAUGCUCCUACUGACCCGCUUGGUAGAUGUUUGGUUUGAAGAAAGGACAGAGUUCUUGCAGCGUGUCUCUAGAAGGUGCAUUGUUUGAUGCCUCUUCAACUGAACAAGUCUCCUGCUAGUGGUUGUAGUGUGUGUAGAAUGCAAAUCUUCAUCUUAAAGCUUUUUGGUUAAGUCUUGACUUUUUCAGCCCCCAAGCUAUUAUGGAUGUUACUGUUUCCUUUAAAAAGUUGUGGGUUUUUUUGAGUAAUUCAAAUUUCAGUUGUCCCAGGGUAUCUCCCCUUCUCCCCUGCUUUUUCCAUAACAACCUCAAACAAGAGUGGGGAGGAAUGAGUGGGAAAAGGAAAGGAUGCCCCAAAAUCAAUAUUUAUGGAAUGGGUGAAUGUUUGUGCAUUGGGUAAGUUCGUAGAUAUACAUGGAGAUAAAAAGGAUGUGCUGAAAUUUAUGUUAUCUAACUCUGCUUGUGACAUGCAGUGCUUGAGCCUUUGGGACAGAUGAGGUCUCCCACCGUGUGCAGCGAUUUGGUACUACCUUCCCCCAAAAUACCUGUGAUAUUUGGGUCUGUUUCUGUUUUAUCUGCUCUCAGAGUGUCAUUUCAUUGAGCUAUUUCAGCUUUCUUUCCUUCCAGUGUUUGCUCCCAGCACAGGCACCGUGUGUGCUUGCAGCCUGACUGUCCUGACCACUCUCUGUCCUUGUGUUCAUGAAGCAGUAAAUCAGCUGCACCGUAAUAAAUAGAAAUGCUGCGUGGGAUUUCCCUUCUUUAAAUAACCCAGUCUCCUUUUGUACAGAAAAUGCCAAGAGCUGGACUCUUAACAUGAGGCAGGUAAAGCCAAAAGCUGCCAAGAACUCCUCUCCCUGCCUUGAGAAUCACAGAAUCAUUUAGGUUGGAAAAGACCUUUCAGAUCACCAAGUCCAACCAUUAACCCAGGACUGCCAAGUUCAUCACUAAACCAUGUCCCUAAAAUCUGCAUCUACCUGCUUUUUAAACACCUCCAGGGAUGGUGACUCCACCACCUCCCUGGGCAGCCUGUUCCAGUGCCAGAGCGCCCUUUCAGUGAAGACAUUUUUCCUCCUACCCAAUCUAACCCCCCCCCGGUGCAACUCGAGGCUGUUUCCCCUUGUCCUGUCGCUCGUUACCUGGGGGAACAGACCGACCCCCCUGCCUACAGCCCCUGCCAGGGAGCUGCAGAGAGCAAUCCAGUGCCCCAUGAGCCUUGAGGAUAGGAUGAGCUUGGGUUCAGUCCUGGAUGGUGAUGGAGAACCAGCCAGCAGCACCUGGCUGGGGCAAAGGAACAUGUCACUGUCAGGGCCUUUUGUGGUUGCUUUCCAUCUGGGACGUGCAGCCUUGCCUGUGGAGCACAGCACACGCAUCCUCAGUAGAUGGGCUGCUGCUGCAGAGGAGAUCGCACUCAGGAUAUCAGGGCAAAAUAUUUAAGGCUUACGGAUGCUUACUUUGUCCCGUGCUUAUCCUCCAGGAGCCCCCUUGGAGCUCCUUCCAGGGAGAGGAGGCUGGGGCCAGACGGAGCAUGUGCUGUGAGGAAGAAGCAGAUGUAAAAUCUCAGUUCUGUGUGAAUGGGAAGUCGGCAGGAGCACGCAGCUGUGCUGAUCUGCUCGCUUUGGUUGUGUGUUACCCCAGCGCAGCCUCCGAGCCAAGGCUGCUCUCUGCCACGUGGAUCUGUCCUGCUGCCCUCCUCGGCUCGAGCAGCAUGCACGUCUUUGCAAGGACUUGGGCAGUGGCUUUUCUGUCCUGCUAACUGGGAGACAGGAUCAGUCCCCUUACACAGGCAGUGCUGUGAUGUUCCCCUGCUUUCUGUCUCUGUGUGUCCACGUUAUGGUCAGCUCUGUCAGGACAAAGAGCCUAUUCCGCUCUCAAAUGCAUUAGCAAGUGUUGGGACUCUACAGAGCCCCAGCGUGGGAAUCCCUCUGCCCUCAGAGGUGCAUGAACCCUCGCACGGAAGCUUGCGUGUGUCACAUACACCUGGGGGGCAGAAGGGGGUUGCAUGUGGGUGUACCCUCCUGGCCCAAGAGCUGCAGUAGAAAACCGCAAAGAUAUCUGUGUGAAUUUCCUUUUUCUUUCUUGCUUGCUUUCCCUCAUUAUUUUUUUUUUUUUGGUUGUCUUGUUCCUCUCUCCUGAUUUACUGCAUGUGCUCACGUGGCCUUGGAAAGGGGGGUUCUCAAACUGUUUAGCUUCCAAAAGGAAAAGAAGCUGGCAGGCGUUUGUAUUUCAGUUCUCAAGUUAUGUAGGUUAAAGUCUCCCAGUGGGAAAACGGAAGAUAUGAGCGAGCAGAUUGCUGGUGGUGAUACUUGCUAGAAGAAAAACAGAAAAAAGGAGCACAUAAUCCCAGAGCUACGUCCAGACGAAUGUGAGGUUGAGAGGUGAGCGACGUGAUAGAAAAAUUCUGCUAGCACAUGAAUUUCCUGCAGAACAUCCCUUUUCACCAGCACCAACAUGCAGAGCAACUACUCCCUGGUCAUCACCACCAGAGAAACUCUCCAAGUCCUCUAUACAGCACUGACAAACUCAUCAGCUGCAUUGCGCUCCCCUCCUCCCUGCCCACUUACCUCUUCGGAUUAUCAGUUCUCACUAAUUCCAGCACUCUUCUCGGUGGUUUUUAUUCUGGGGUUGGCUGGCAACAGUGUGGUGGUCAUGGUGCUUUGUCGUCAUAGUGGUCCCAAAACAGUUGCUAAUAUCUACAUUUUCAACCUGGCCGUGGCAGAUUUGCUGUGCCUUGCCACCCUUCCAUUCUGGGCUACCUACUAUGCACAGGGCUACCACUGGCUCUUUGGGUCUCUCAUGUGCAAAAUCUCCAGUUCUAUCCUGUGCUUGAACAUGUUUGCAAGUAUAUUUUUCAUUACAUGCAUGAGCAUGGACCGGUACCACGCUAUUGUCCACCCUAUUCACUCUCAAAGAAGAACUCCACAACAAGCUUAUCUUAUAGCACUGGUGGUGUGGGGCCUUGCCUGCUUGUCCUCCUUCCCAACUUUUUAUUUCCGUGACACUCACUACGUUGAAAGCUUGGGGGUCAACGCUUGCAUUAUGGCCUUUCCUCAUGAGAGUUACGCCAAAUGGUCUGCGGCAACAGCCUUCCUGAAAAAUGCACUUGGCUUCUUCAUCCCCUUGACAGUGAUCACCACAUGCUACAUCUGGAUCAGGAGGCACUUGCUUAAACCACAGAAGUUUGGGAAAAACAAGCAGAAGAGGGACAAAGUCCUAAAGCUGGUGGCUGCUGUUGUUGUGGCCUUCUUAAUUUCCUGGCUCCCAUUCCACAUUUUAACGUUUUUGGAUGCUUUGGCUCAUAUGAACAUCAUUAACAACUGUGACGUGACAGGGAUCAUCGACACAGCACUGCCAUUCAGCAUCUGCAUGGCAUUCGCCAACAGCUGCAUCAACCCUUUGCUGUACUGCUUCAUUGGGAACCAGUUCCAGGAGAAACUCCAUCGCUUGUUUAAACGACGAGUUUAUCAGUUCAACAGUCAUCGAGAGAGCUCUUCUUUGAGGAAAGGGAGCUGCUUCAGAGAUGCUGAGACCCCCAUGGACAGGGAAGGGGGGCCCGAGUCCUUGCUGUAGGCACUGAGGCAUGAUGUGGGGUGAUGUCAGAGUAGCUGGCUGUCCCUGCAGCGGUGACACUCCUCUUUGCUGUUCCCUUUGCUUUGUCCCAUUCAUUGACCAGCUGUUUGAAGGAGAAACUGUUUUUCUCAAACAUGGGGAUUUUUUGUUCCUUCCUUUCUGCAACGAGCACUAAAGUUUUACAUAGAGGGAAGAUUCUGGCAAAUAUAUUGAUGACAUUUUAA